AUGCAGCCCAUGUCGUCUUUUGGCAGCUUUCUUGUCGGCGUCUUGACGGCCUCGUUGGCGGCGGGCAGCGUCAUUCCCACCGUCCAGCCGGCUCAGCAGGGCUCGUUUGAGAUUAAACGCUCCGUCAAUGAGAACUUUGCCGGCCGGAACGGACCGCUAGCCCUGGCGCGGGCCUACAACAAAUACGGCAUCCCCGUGUCAGAGGCUCUGCUCAAGGCCAUUGAGACGACCCAUGCUGCGCACAACGGCCAGAACACCAGGCGCAGCUCCGGCAGCGUGACCGCCAUCCCGGACAAGGACGACCUCGAGUACCUCGUGCCCGUGCAGGUCGGCACGCCGGCGCAGACGCUCAAGCUCGACUUUGACACGGGCAGCUCGGACCUGUGGGUGUUUUCCACCGAGACCGACGGCGGCUCGUCCAAGAACCACAACCUGUACAGCCCGAGCAAGAGCAGCACGGCCAAGAAGCUCCGCGGCGCCACCUGGGAGAUCACCUACGCGGACAUGUCAUCCUGCUCCGGAGACGUCUACACGGACACGGUCACGGUCGGGGGCCUGACGGUGAAGACGCAGGCGGUCGAGUCCGCGCAAAGGGUCUCUCAGCAGUUUGCGACGGGCGCCAACGACGGCCUCCUCGGUCUCGCCUUUAGCUCCAUCAACACGGUGAAGCCGACGCAGCAAAAGACGUGGUUCGACAACAUCGCCCGCGGGCUCGACAGCCCUUUGUUCGUGGCCGAUCUUCGACACGACACGCCCGGCAGCUACAUCUUCGGCGCCGUCCCGUCCGCGGCCAGCAAGGUCCUCUACGCCCCCGUGGACAACAGCGAGGGGUUCUGGCAAUUCAGCACCAGCAGCGACACUGGCGGCGGCCAGCAGUUCUCUGCCAUCGCCGACACCGGCACCACGCUCCUGCUGGCCGGCGACGACCUCGUCCAGGCGUACUAUCAGAACGUCCCCGGCGCCACCAACGACCAGGAGGAGGGCGGAUACAUCUUCGACUGCAGCACCAAGUUGCCCGACUUUACCUUCACGGUGGGCGGCGGCAAGAUCACGGUCCCCGGCGCGCUCAUCAAUUACGCCAAGGCGACCGGUAACAAGUGUUUUGGCGGCAUUCAGUCUUCGGGCGGGAACCCGUUUGCCAUCUUUGGCGACAUUGCGCUCAAGGCCGCGUACGUUGUCUUUGACGGCGGCAAGACCCGGCUUGGAUGGGCGCAGAAAUAGUAACCACCAAG